AUGUCCAAGGUCGCCAGACGCCCCUUCAUCACCGACGUCUCUAUUGAGAAGAGCAUCCAGAUCCUUGCGGACCCCAAUGUCUCCUACAAGCUAAUGUACUGGAACGCCUUCUCGGUCGGUGCAACUUCUCGAGAGUUGCUUGCCUUUGGAAAUGUCAAAUGGUCUAAUGAGCGGAUCGCCACUUCUUCUGAGAAGCAGGAUAAGGAGGAUCCUUGGGAGGAGGGCAAGAUUCCUACGCCGUUUGGAGUUGUGCCCAUGUUGAAGAUCGUUUCCCCCGCUAACGAGGAAGUUAUCGUCGCAGAGUCGAUGGUGAUUGAACAAUACCUCGCUAAGAAAUUCAACCUCCUCGGCAACAACGAAUGGGAAUCGCUUACCAUCAAUGCCUUCUACAGCAACAUCCACUUCUUCCUUGAACGUGCAUUGUCAAAGGUGACAUGGGUCGUCCCCGAGAGACGCAAGAGUGAAUUGGAGAUCUUUUUGCAGCACAUCUUGCCAGAAUUUAUUGCUGAUCAUGAUAUGCAUUUGAAGGCAAAUGGCUCUAAUGGAUUCUAUGUUGGUGAUCGGUUGUCGCUGGCAGAUAUCCAUCUGGCAAACGUGAUCGACCACUUUUCACAUCUGCCCGUCGCACACUUGAUCAUCCCUUUAUUUGAGAAGAGCGAGCUCAUCAGCAAGGUCCGCGCAAAUGUCGAGAACCACCCUUCGAUUGCGGCAUGGAGAGCAAGUGAGGAAUGGGAGUCCCUCUGUCAGGGGUCGAUUGUCUGCUACAAGAAGACAGCCCUCCUUGCCGAGGAUCUCGAGGCAUUCGCUAUUAAGGAUGAGUAG